GAUCAGAAUCAAGCGUUUCCGCUCCGUUUAUCCUCCGUUUACUGUUUGUGGUGAAACUAAAAAGAAAAAAACUGAUCCCAGAUCUGCAAACAACCUGACGUCAGACUGAGAGAAGAACAGGAUGGGCAGAACCAAGAAAAUGGUGAAGGAGGAGUUGGCCAACCGGCCUGACAACACCGCUUUCACUCAGCAGAGGCUUCCGGCAUGGCAGCCAAUGCUCUCUGCAGGGAUUGUCAUUCCAGGGUUUGUCAUCAUCGGCCUGGCUUUCAUUGGCAUUGGCGUUGCUCUCUUUGUCACCUCACAAAGCAUUCAACUGUUGGAGUUAGACUAUACUGGAGUUGAACAAACCUCACCAUGCUUCAAGUGCUCUGAUCCAAAUGCCAAGAACUGUAUGUGCGAGCUGACCUUCUCCACUGACACUCUAUUUAAGGGGCCUGUGUUCUUUUAUUAUGGUUUGUCCAACUACUUCCAGAACUACAGAAGUUAUGGUGUGUCCAAAGAUGAUGACCAGCUGUCUGGAAACCUGGAUAACUUUAAGUCUCCCAGUGACACCUGUGCCCCCUAUGAGUAUGACAGGAACAACAAACCAUUUGUACCAUGUGGAGCAGUAGCAAACAGCCUGUUCAAUGACACUUUCAAGCUCUAUCAGAUCGUCAAUGGGGCAAAGAAGGUGGUGCCCUUGGAUGGAAAAGGGAUCUCAUGGUGGACAGACUACAACAUCAAAUACAGAAACCCUGCUGUCACACCUCUGAAGAACGCUUUCAAUGGUACUGUGAAACCCUUGUAUUGGUCCAAGCCUGCUUAUGAGUUGGACCCCUCAGACCCCGCUAACAACGGCUUCAUCAAUCAAGAUUUCUUGGUGUGGAUGAGGAGGGCAGCCCUGCCAGAUUUCAGAAAGCUGUAUCGGCGAAUCACAGACGGAGAUUAUGCAGAGGGUCUGCCAGCUGGAAACUACUCCCUUCAAAUUGCCUACAACUAUCCUGUUCUGAGCUUUGAAGGGAGAAAGAAGGUAGUGUUCAGCAACGUGUCCUGGAUGGGUGGCAAGAAUGAGUUCCUGGGCAUUGCCUACCUCGUGAUUGGUUCAUUGUGUGUUGUCAUGUCCGUAGUCAUGCUCAUUGUCUAUGCUAAAUUCAAGUUUCCUGAGGAAGAAUGAGUUCCUGGUCAUGGACUGUGGUUGGCUGGGGGUUAAUCUUCCCUACCAACUAUCAAUUUUACUUUUUAUUUUCUAUUAUGAUGAAAGCACGGUACAGUGCUCACACACAGUGGAGUAUACAGCUAGAACCACCACUAUGGACUGAAAUCAUGUGUUACAUGAAGUCGCCCCCCAAGGUGCAGAAGAAGCGUGAGGCGGUACCCACAAAUGGAGUUUCCCCAUUGACUGCAAAAUAGAAACUGGCUUUGUGGACACUGUGGGAUGAUUUCCAAUGUGGUUACAUGUGCAAAAACACUGCAAUGUCAGUUACGACUUACUGCUAACAGCUGUAAUAGAUGUUUCUUGUUGGUAUCUAAAAUGUGAGUGAUUGAUCAUUAGGGAAAUGUUGUUGCUCACAAGACCAGACCAAUAUCCUCAUAAUAAUGUAUGUUAAUUCUGCCGCUCUAUACUUGAUAAAGCCUCCACUAUAAAUCUUAAAGGAUGUCCAGGUAGAGUGAAAGUAGAAUAGAUAUUCACUGUGCACAUGCUGAUAUCUGCUGGACAAAAGGAGGCCUACAGCUUACGUGUGCUCUGCUUUAUUUAUGCUAGUCUAGUUUAUUUUCUACAACACUUAGAUGUGGCUGUUGUGUUUCUCUCAGGCUACAAGUAUCUUAAACUUGUGCUUUUAUAAUCACAAAAUGAGCUGGCUCCUCAUUUUAGGUCAGUAAUAAGGUUAAAGCCAUAAACGAUUUGAUAAGCCAUUUGAUACUGGACACACAGUUACUCUAGAAGUGUGUGAUAUGUGUAGCUUAGCUUGGAAAUAAUGCUGUAAAGUAAACUGUGGGAAUAUAUUGCUCUUUAAACUCAGGGAUCUGGUGUACUAUGCAAGCUCAUGUUGUCUUCUAUGUACUGAAAUUUUACUUCAUGUUUAUAUUUAUUUAAUAAAACAUCAAAACCAUA